AGCGCGGCCGGAUCCAAUUGUUUAUCGCAAUCAUUGCAAUUCCAUACAAUAUUACCAGUUUUAACCAUGAAACCUCCAGUCAUGAGUCUGUAGGUAUACAAAGUACAUAUUUCUUCAGUAGACACGGAAAAGAAACAAGCUCGUCAUGAUUCAGUGGAAGUAUUGCUUUAUAUUAAUUAUUGUGACACAAAAUGAUGCCGAUGAUCAAACGACUUCAUUAGAUAAUAGGUUGCUUGAGGUGUCACAUCACCCCACUUGGGACAAGUUGGACGCGUUCGAUUGUGGGGACAGCGCCGCUGACCGGAUCAUAGGCGGGGUGAAUGCAGCCCUGGGCCAAUUCCCUUGGAUCGCUCGCCUUGGCUAUACACUUUCAGAUGAAGAUGACCUAGAUUGGCUGUGUGGCGGAGUGCUGGUCUCCGAUCAACACGUCAUCACCGCUGCACAUUGUCUCCUUUCCGCUGACGACGGAUACGAACUAUCAUCUGUUCGUUUGGGAGAGCAUAACACGGAAACAAACCCCGACUGUCAAAUUAAUGUAUGCGCACCACCCGUCCAAGACAGGAAGGUGAAGUCAAUCAAGAAUCAUCCAUUGUUCAAUAAGCCAGCGUUCCACAAUGACAUCGCCAUCAUCGAGUUAGAAUCCCCAGUGGAAUUAAAUGAUUACGUAGCGCCAAUAUGCUUGCUUCGAAGUAGGGAGCAGGUGGCUGACCUCCAAAUUGGCGAACUGGUGACUGUUGCCGGCUGGGGCAAAAUGAACAUGACCACCGACCAGCGAGCGAAUAUUCUACAAGUGGUUAUUUUACCAAUUGUGAGCCCAGAUAUGUGCAGUAACUUCGGCGCUCAAUUCAAAGUGUCCCAUUCGGAAAUAUGCGCGGGCGCACAGCACAACAAGGAUGCAUGCGGGGGAGACUCCGGAGGUCCGCUUAUGAAGGUAUAUGACACGCCUGAUGGUCCGAAACAUUUUUUAGUGGGUGUGGUAUCGUUCGGUCCUUCAGUAUGCGGUAUCAAAAAACCAGGAGUAUACUCUUCAGUGGCGUUCUUCCUAAAAUGGAUACUUGAUAAUUUAUAUUGAAAUUUGCUUCCAUAAAAGCAUACCUACUCGUAUUUUAUUUAUUUUAGUACUUCCUCUAGUUAAUUGUAAUAAUUGUAGUCGGCAUAAAAGUUUAUUGUCGUAUUUUUUAUGUAAAUAAAUCGAAUGUAUGUACUUAUGAAAAAAUAGUCAUUAUU